GGCUGUUUCAGUCUGACUGAAGAAACAGUUGAGAAACGCUCAAAGACCUUUGUGUUUGAACUGUACUGUCCACAUAAAGUUGCCUUCCCUUAAACCUGUGCUGUAAAAGUAUAUUUUGCAAACUGGUUUGCUCAUCCUUUUUCAGCAGACACUGCAGUGCAUCGCAAAAGAGAGUCCCCAUCCCUCUACCUCAUGCCCAUUGACAGGUUUUAUAGGCCCUACUUUGAGGAUCAGAAAAUCAUCAGAGAAUAUGAGGUCCAAGCGGGUAUGGAUCCUUCUGAUCCUGUUGACCAUGUUCAUGGUGCUUUUGAUCGCCACCUACUGGAACGUUAUGGGAACAGUCACCUUGGCCACACUGUACAACGCCACAUCUGGCCCCCAUGCCGGAGAGCAGCUAGAGGGAGGUCCCCAGAACACUGAGCCAGCGGACAAAGAACCUUCCUUUCUGUCAUUCAACGAUGCAUUUGUCAACCAGUUCCUGGACGACAUAAAGGACCCUACGGAGCAGCUUAGUGAGCAGCGCCUGUCUGGGAACCCUCAGCACCAGCCCAACUCAUCUAAGUCAGACAAAGUUCUUCUCAGGCGUGAGUGGAAAAUUCACUUGACCCCUAUUUCACAGAAGCUCAAACAAAGGCAAAAGGAGCGCAAAGAGACGUUGCGUAGCGUCUGUAGUGACAACAGCAUGUUCCCCGGAAAGAAUCGAAAGUUUGACGACAUUCCCGACAAGGAAUUGAAAAACUUCAUUGUGGACGACCGUCAUGAGAUCAUCUACUGCUUUGUGCCAAAGGUGGCCUGCACCAACUGGAAGAGCGUUAUGGCUGUGCUGAGUGAGAAACAGGUUGGUGGUGUGGUUUACCAUGACCCCCAGAAUAUUCCCCGCCACACGAUCCACGAACAAAACCUGCACCUCACCUUUGACAAGUUCAAGAAGCGCUACGGCAGUUUCUCACGGCACAUGCUGAAGACCAAGCUGCAGAAGUACACCAAGUUCCUGUUUGUCAGAGACCCCUUCGUCAGGCUCAUCUCCGCCUUCCGGAACAAGUUUGAGGAGACCAAUGACGUGUUCUAUAAGAUGUACGCCAGGGGCAUGCUUCAAAAAUACGGAAAGUACCCCAGACCUCCAGCUUCAAUUAGGGAAGCCCUAGCGGCUGGUAUUAGGCUGAAAUUCUCUCACUUCAUCCAGUACCUUCUGGACCCCAAGACAGAGAGGAGGAAUCCUUAUGAGCCUCACUGGAAACAGAUCUACCGCAUGUGCCACCCCUGCCAGAUAAACUAUGACUUUGUGGGCAAGCUGGAGACACUGGACGAGGAUGCUGAGCACUUGCUGCGGAUUCUGCGUGUGGACAAUGUGGUCAAUUUCCCUGUGAGUGACCGGAACCAAACCAAAAACAGCUGGGAGCAGGAGUAUUUCGACAACAUUCCUUACGAGUGGCGGAGACAACUCUACAAAACAUACGAAGUUGACUUCAGACUUUUUGGAUAUGACAAACCUAAGAAACUUCUAUGA